UUUGUCAAGUUUUAUACGAAUAAUUUAAAACAAAAUUUUGGUGAUUGGAUUCCUAAGACAUUUUUGUAAAACUCGUUCUAUUUUUAACUGUAUUACCCCUCACACUGGUACCUGGGUACGUACGUACGUACUUCGCAUGCGCCUUUAGAUCUGGCCCUGCAUACGCCAUAUUAGUUGAAAUUUUCUGCAUCAUAAUUUUGUGUUCAAUUUCCAGGGAAUCACGCCGGACACCUGGUGGUACUACAUGAUAUCAGCGGCAUUUUACUGGUCAGCUACCAUGUCUCACUUCUGGGACGUGCGCCGCAAAGACUUCUGGCAGAUGUUCAUUCAUCACAUAGCCACCAUCCUGCUGUUGACCCUCAGCUGGAUAUGUAACCUGCACAGAAUAGGCUCUCUCGUGCUGUUGAUACACGAUUUCGCUGAUAUAUUCCUUGUGGCGGCAAAAGCAGCGAAGUACGCCAACUAUCAGCGGCUGUGUGACGUCAUUUUCGCAAUAUUCACAAUCGUUUGGAUCAUAACCAGACUGUGGAUAUAUCCGUUCUAUAUCAUAUGGAGCACGUCUAUCCGCGCGCCGAUGUUGCUGCCAAUGUUCCCGGCGUACUACAUCUUCAACUCGAUGCUGUGCUUCCUGCUCCUGCUGCACGUGGUGUGGACGUGGCUGAUCCUGCAGGUGGCGUACAAGGCUAUUAACGCUGGACAGAUGGAGGGCGACAUAAGAAGCUCCAGUUCAGAGAUCAGCGACAGUUCACAUUCUAAUCACAGCACGCCUAAUAGGAUCAACCAUAAGAAGUGAGAUGAGCUUUUAUUAAAUCACUUAAUUAUUUCCGAGGAUUGCAUUUACUAUCUGAAUACGGGUGUAGACAGUUAACGAAAAUAAAUACAUAUUAUUUUUUUGGUAGUGUUUAAUGUACUAUUAUCGAUAAUCACACUUGUAUGCUUAUUAUAAUAUUGCUUAAAUUUAAUAUGA